AUGCCAACAGAUGAAAUAUCGGGAGACUGGGAAUCCACUUCCGUGAUUCGGAUGGGUUCUAUUACUGGGGCUCCUACGACUUGGAGAAAUCGCGAAAUCCCUAAGGUGACGCCACUUGAGGGUAUAUUUACUACAGGGACUAGCACAACCGGCAACAGUUGCCCCAAAACAGAGAGUUUUAAGAAUGGCGCAGCAGAAUUGAGCCUUCCUUCAAUGCCGUUCCACCGGUGGCGUUUAACCCUCUGUUAUCACGAGUUCAUGCUGCUGACGGCAAGGACGCAACGAGGACUGGGGAAACGUCGAACCCUCAGGCGGUUUCAUCUGCUCGGUGAUCCACCUGAUGCGAUCAGAAACACCCCAGGGCCUGAACGUGACCAGCCUUCCAGCCGUCUGUUGGCGAGACACCAUGGAGGCUUCUCGAAUAGAAGUGUUCGAUUGCCUCUAGAAAAAUACAACCCGAGUCUUCAUUCCCAACGCGCAGGUCUCCGUAUAUAG